CCUCGGCACGUCUCUGGAGCUACAACGGCCUGAGACCUCCAGAGGUCGGCUGGUCCGCACUUCAAACACCCAACUGGAAGACCCUGAACUCCGCUUACAAAACCAAGAAAGCUCAGUGGAGGAAGAGCCGAGCUGGAGAAUCAGAAAAGACAGGGAGAAGAAAGAGAGGGAGGAAGUGGAGGAGGAGGAGAGGAAGAGGGCAGAGAGUGAGGAAAGGAGUCUGAGGGAGAGGAAGGAGGAGAGGGAGAGGAGAAAAGCAGAUUCAGAUGUGGAGGAUGAGAGGGAGCAUAUGAUGAGGAAGAAGGAGAAGAGAAUUCUUCUCCUCCAAGAGGAUCUGAGGAGAGAAGAGGAGGAGGAGGAGAGGAAGCUGAAGGAGGAGAGCGAGGAGAGACUGAGGGCUCUGCGGCAGCGUCUCCUUUCUAAGAGGAGAGAGGAGGAGGCCAGGCUGAAUGAGGAGUCUGAUAGGAUGCUGGAGGAGCUCAGAGAGUCUGCCCAACAGGAGAGGAAACGGCAGCAACAACAACUCAGGGAGGAGAGCGAGGUCAUGCUGAAGGAGUUACGCAUCGCUCUGGAGGAAGAGCAAGCGGCGGAGCGCGGCAGACUGGAGGCCCAGAAGAGACAGGACUCUGAACGUCUGAAGGCGGAGUCGGAGGAGGAGCUGCAAGCGGAGAAGAGGAGACUCCAGGGAGAGAGGGAGGAGAAACUGAACUCUCUGAAACACGAGGUCAAAAUCACAGAGCGGAGGAGGGAGCUCAUGAGUCCACGACCUGAACACCAACUGGCAGAGUACCACCGAGAGCUUGGGGAUGUUCUUCAGGAAGUGCGGGAGGAAGUGCAGCGUGAUCACGAGAGGAAGCUGGAGCAGCUGAGAGACGACCACAGGAGAGAGAUGAACAGCAUCAGAGAGAAAUACCUGGAUGAGGAGACUGAUCAGAGGGCGCGCUUGCUCUCUUCUCUGCAGGAGGACAGAGAGCAUCUCCAGGCCUCGCACGCUGUCCAACUGGAGAAACUCCGCGUGCAGCUCAGCGCACAGAUACAAAAGACACAGCUGACACACACGCGCAAGGAGUCAGAACUGGACGAUCUGGCAGAUCAGUUGGAGCUGAGAGCCAAAGAGCUGAAGAGCCAGGAGACCAUGCUGCAGACAAAGGCGGCAGAUCUGAAGAGGAGGAGGAAGAAGCUUGGGGAGGAAGAGGAGGAAGUGGACAGACAGAUAGAUGCCUUACCCCGGCUGAUCCAGGAGAGAGACCAGCUGAUGGAGGAGCUGGAGAGGAUGCGAGAGGAGAAACAUCAAGCCAGAGAACUCAUCCAGCGAGCGAGGGAGGAGAGGAGUGAGGCCAAGGAGGAGGGGGAGAGGUUGAGGGAGGAGAGAGACAAAGCCAGGGAGGAGAGCCGGAGGGCCAAGGAGGACAAGGCGCGACUGGAGAGCAAGGUGGCGCUGCUGCAGGAGAGAUGCGACCGCCUCAGUCGCAGAGUCAGUGAGCUGGAACAAAACGAAGGAGUGAGCGCCUCCCCAAGACCAGAACCUAAACAAGACAAAAAGAAAACAGAGAAAACAGAGAGGACGGCGCCCUCCACUGACAGGAGAGACUCAGCGCUACAUGUGGAAGACCUGGACGACCCGCCGCUCUCCCCUGUACCUGACAGCCACAGCGGCAUGGAAGAGUUCCGACGCUACAUCUCCUCACAUGGCGCUUCCAUCCAAAAAACCAAACUCUUCCUGGAGAGGGAGAGCAGCCGGCUGAUGGAGAGACAGGCAGCUCUGCGGGCGGCCCAGAGCAGCUCCUCUCAGGACCCCAACCAGGAUGGAGGGGUGACUGUGGAGAUGAUAAGAAACCUCCAGCAGGAGGCCAGAAAUGUGGUGGAGAUGCAGCGGACGGUUCAGAGAGGAAACACUCUCCUGCGGAGGAAAGAGGAGCAACUCCAGCAGCUCGAGAGCUCCAUAGCUGAUGAGCCGCUCAUAGAGGAUCUGUCUCGGCUGGCGGGAGAGAGGAAGGUGACCUUUGAUGUGACUGAAUCUGACCUCAGCAGCACUGUGGACCCACCGGAUGGGACAGGUCAUCCCAACGUCCCGGACAAAGUCCAGGAGUUAGCCGAGUCCCUGCAGCAGAUCUCAGGUCAGCUCCACACCGUCCUGAGUGCGUUGGGUUCACUGACAGAGAGGCAGAGCUUCACACCCUACACCGCCUUUUCUCUGCCUCUGUCUCAACCUUACUCCAACCCUGCUGCCACCUCCACCUCUGCCUCAAUCAUGCAGCAGAUUCACAACCUGAGCUCCGGCUCCUCAGCUCCACCUCCCCCGCUGAGACUCUCAGAGCCGUCCUGGAGCUGGGCUCCCCAAGGCAGCUCCGCCGCCGCCCCUCUCUUCAGUACCCCCAUCAGCAGUGGGCUGAGGGCCUCUGAGGACCUCAUCAACAGCCGAUGGAGCCAGCUAUUCCCCAGAGCAGCCAUGGACCCACUCGCCUCCAGCACCUUGGGGACUACCUCUGCAUACCCGUCAUACACUCCUGCUAGCGAGCACAGUCGUAGCCUGCGGUCGGUGCAGAAGUCGGUGGAGGUGGACGGACAGCGGCUGCAGGGCCUGAUCGACGGCAACAAGAGGUGGCUGGAGAUGCGCAAGAAAGACACCAGCAUACCUCUGUUCACUCGCUAUCGGGCUCCUUCCACCAAGAGCAGCCUGGUCCAGCUGGGCCUGGACGAUAACAACCAGAUCAGAGUCUAUCACUACUGAGGACACGACACACACAGUUCUGUCCUGUUGCACUGUGACUGGCGCUGAGGACUUUGGAACAUUAACGACCGUGGCAGGUUAGCGUUGUUACGAUGACACGCAGGGCCUCACGGGAGCUUUGAUUAAAAAAGAAACUCAGUUCAAAGGUUUUCAGGGAAAGUCGGACCUCGUCUGCUGUGAUUGGAGGAGGAGAUCAAUUCAGGGAGCAGCAUGUCAGAGAGGGCUGAGGACUCCUUUAACAAACACAAGUUAGAGGUUUGAUCCUCUCGGCAUGUUGAAGUGUCCUUGAGCGAGACCAAGUGGUUCCAAUGGUGUUUACAGCAGCUCAUUGCUCCUGAAAAUGCUUAGGAUGGGUUGAAUGCAGAGGUCACAUGUGUUUACCUCUAUGUGUAUGAGGAUUUAAAUGAUGUGACUGGGAGCCACAGUUAAGUCACGUUUACACAUUAAAGCGCCAACCCAGACUUGGGCCAAACUGUGGUUUAGUUUACAUUGAUGUCAAACGGGAAAGUCAAGACAAUCACAGAGAAGUAUUUACUGCACUUACUACACUUCUUUUACUGAAAAAAAAAAAUCCCAGACAUCUUUCAACGUAUCUUUCAUGUCGUGAACGCAUUUGUCGCAGCAGGCGGGACGCAAACACUACAAUGGUGCUAAACAGCGGCCAUGUUUCAGUUGUAUUUAUGACACUUCUUUUGUGACUGAUUUCUUCAUAUUUAGUUGUUUUAACCUGGGAGGAAUAGACAUUAGAAUCCCUGUUUGUAAAAAUGAAGCCAAUACACUUUUAUUUCACAUUCAUUACUUCUCCAUAUUCCACAGAUGUUAGCACAUCAUUAGCAGUGAAAUGUUGAUUAAUGUAAACUUAGUGUGCAGGCAGAGAAAAAUGUAUUUUGUGCAUAUGUGUGUGUAAAUAAAUGCUGUAUUUUUCUAUAAAAUAUUUUAAUAAAUGGAAUUUUAUAUAUAUAAAUGUAUGGUGUACUGACCCUGUUAAAUGCAAGUACUGUUGUGUAUCUGUAUCCAAAGCCUGAAUACGAUACUGUAUCAUGUUCAGUCAAUCGAGACGUAGAUCAAGACUCAAGUUCAUAGACUACAGAAGAUCAGGUUU